CCCACCGGCACGAAUUGGAUCGAGGAAGUUCGCCUGUGCUGUGCCCACUGCCCCCCAGGGACGUUCCGGAGCGGCCCCUGCUCCGAACAAGUCAACGACACCGGCUGCUCCCCGUGUCCCGCCGGCACCUUCCACGCUCAGCCCAACACCUUCACCGAGUGCCAGGCCUGCUACGAGUGCGACCGACACGCUUUCCAGACCGUGCUGAGCAACUGCUCGGCCACCAGCAACGUCGCCUGUGGCUGCGAGCCCGGUCGCUUUCGCCACUGCCUGGACGGGGGGUGCAGCGAGUUCUCCUGCCUGCCCUGCCAGUCCUGCCCCGGCCGGCUCGUCCAGCGGCCCUGUGAGUGCUGCGGGACGCGUCCCGCCGGUACGGCGAGGCGGAGCCCCGAGCAUCAAGCCUUGUUGCGGGGGGAACCCGGUGGCGUGGCCCGGACGGGUGAGGAGGGGAAGCCCUCCGCCCCCCCGGAACCCCACGGGGGGCUGCUACAAGGCAGCCAGCUUUACGCCGUCAUCGAUGCGGUGCCGGUGCGGCGCUGGAAGGAAUUCAUGCGGGUGUUGGAGUUGCGGGAGGCAGAGAUCGAGCUGGUGGAGCUGGAGGUGACCCACAUCCGAGACCAGCAGUACGAGAUGCUGAAGCGUUGGUGUCAGCAAACCAGCCCCACGCUCGACCGUGUUUUCGCCGCCCUGGAGCGCAUGGACCUGGCCGGUUGCGCCGAGGCGCUUCGCCGGGCCCUACCGUCGGGGCCCUGAACCCCCCCAACCCCCGGCGCCGCCGCCGCACCGGCAGAGGGAGGUCCCGGCAC